AUGAACUCCUUACGUUGGCUUCACCGCCCUAACCGUAGUCUUUUCGGUCCAACCCUCAACAAUCUGAGGAGCCGAAAUAAGAAUGAUUUGAACUGUUGGCCGCUACAAAACUACUAUACAGUCAUAGUCGGACGAAAGGUUAAUACUAAAGACGAUAGAUCUGAUGAUCAAGGGACUAAACAAACAGUAGAUAUUGAUGUUGCAAAAACAAGCCUUGGUUCUGCAAACGCCGUCCAUUCGAAGCACUUAAAGCCUAGGGGUGAUAGCGACGACAAAACUGAUGUUAGCCAACAAAGAGCAGCUAAGGACCGGAGGUCUACCAAAGAUGAGCCAGAAUCAGCAAAGAAGAUACUCGCCAAAGAGGAAAAGAAAAAGCCUGAGGCACUUACUCCAAAAGAGGUUGAAGAAUUUGAAGAGAUUAAAGAGGUUGACGGUGAGCACCUUCAUACUCAUUUGAUCAAAAUAGUAACAUACCAGAUUUUCUACGCUAAAGAUCCCAUUGAUGACGAUGAACAUCUGCUUAAAAGGAACCUCGGUAUCUUCGGAAAAUUCAAUUGUAAAACAUCAACAUGCAACGGACACAGUUGGCAAUCAGCCUGUAUCGCCACCUAUCUAAGGUUUUCUAAAAGCAGCAACUCCUACAAGGUCACGCUCUAUGCCCAAAGUUGCAGAAAAUGUGAAAGAUACAUGGUGCCCGCUGUUGAUGCAGAAAGCUACUGUAAACGGGUUUGUUCUGCGUUAGAUUUGUGGAAGGAUGUAAGGGACAAGAUUAUCUGCGAUCGCGGCCCAUUUAUAACCCUCGGCCCUCAUCAGUCUAGUCGUUGUUAUGGAUGCAAAGUGGGCAAGUGCAGGUAUCCAUUUAUAAAGAGACAAGAAGGCGAACCAGCUCCCAAUAACGCUAGGAGUGAUCAAACGCCUCUUUCCUUCCUAGAAGCCUUCCUUGCUAAUGUCGACAAUAUUAGAGGCAUUAAUGUAAAUUCAGAACAGAGACAUUACAAAACCUGA